AUGGUGGUGCUCCUCAUCAAGCCUCUCUUGAGCAUGCUCGCCUUCUUCCACAUUUGCCUUGCCACAUUCGUGGCACAGACAUCACUGGCAGCUCAUGGAGCAAUCGCCCCCCACAUCGCCGACUCCGACCAGCUCGCGCUCAUGUCAUUCAAGUCACUCGUGACGAGUGACCCAUCGGGAGCCCUAGCUUCGUGGGGCAACAUGUCCAUUCCCAUGUGCUGGUGGCGCGGCGUGGCGUGCGGCUUGAGGGGACACCGCCGGGGCCAUGUGGUGGCUCUGGACCUCCCCGAGCUCAACCUGACUGGCACCAUCACCCCUGCGCUGGGAAACCUCACUUUCUUGAGGCGACUCAAUCUUUCAUCGAAUGGCUUCCAAGGGAUCUUGCCUCCAGAGCUCGGUAACAUCCAUGACCUUGAGACUCUACAACUUACCUACAACUCCCUCUCUGGCCAGAUUCCACCGUCACUUUCAAACUGUAGCCACCUGAUAGAGAUUUCCCUCGGCGACAACAAUUUACACGGGGGAGUACCCAGUGAGUUAGGCUCUUUGCGCAACUUGCAGGUACUCAGUCUUGGCAAAAAUUGGCUUACAGGAACCAUCCCUUCUUGGUUAGGCAACCUCUCUUCAUUAGUAUUCCUAGAUCUUCAGCAAAAUGGUCUAGUUGGUCAGAUCCCAGAAUCAUUAGGAAAUCUUGAGAUGCUUACAAUACUUUCUCUCUCAGGAAACAAUCUUUCAGGUCCCAUACCUAGUUCGCUUGGCAACCUCUAUGCCCUCACUGGACUUGGUCUAGCGAAUAAUAAGCUGGAAGGCCCUUUGCCCCCUUUAAUGUUCAAUAAUCUUUCCUCCCUCGAAUUUUUAUAUAUAGAAUACAACAACUUGAAUGGGACUCUUCCACCUAAUAUUGGAAACAACCUUCCGAAAUUAAACUAUUUUCUUGUAUCAGACAAUGAAUUUCAUGGCAUGCUCCCGUCAUCCCUUUGCAACGCCUCCAUGCUUCAAGCUAUUCAAACACUAGAAAACUUCCUAUCGGGAACGAUUCCAGAAUGCUUAGGAGCUAAACAAACGAGCCUGUCCUCAGUGUUAAUUGGAGGAAAUCAGUUUGAAGCAACAAACGAUGCUGAUUGGAGCUUUGUGGCUAGUCUGACCAAUUGUAGCAACUUAGUUGAACUAGAUGUUAGCUCGAAUAAUCUCCAUGGCGUGCUGCCAAAUUCAAUCGGUAAUCUCUCAACACUUCUAUACUAUCUCAGCAUUGCAAAAAACAAUAUAACUGGAACAAUAACAGAAGGAAUCGGUAACCUCGUCAACUUACAAACACUUGACAUGCCUCAUAACUUUCUCAUAGGUGCUAUUCCAGCAUCUCUCGGCAACCUUAAUAAGUUAUCCGAAUUAUUUCUGUACAAUAAUGCUUUGUCUGGACCCUUGCCGGUAACUCUUGGCAAUCUUACACAACUAACUAGACUUCUCCUCAGUACAAAUGCUAUAAGUGGACCUAUACCAUCUAGUCUCAGCCAUUGUCCUUUAGAAGUAUUGGAUCUUUCUCACAACAAUCUUUCUGGUCCGACACCUAAAGAACUCUUUUCCAUACCAACCUUGUCGAUCUUAAUCACUGGGAAUGAUGGUCUUUGUGGUGGUAUCCCUCAACUGGGAUUGCCACCUUGCCCCACCCAGACAACCAAGAAACGACAUCGAAAACUUGUCAUAACAGUCUCCGUGUGCAGUGCACUUGCCUGCGUCACAUUAGUAUUUGCAUUGUUUGCACUCCGACAAAGGAGCCGCCAGAAGACAAAAGCACACCUACAAAGGUCGGUCUUGAGUGAGCAAUAUAUGAGGGUUUCUUAUGCCGAAUUGGCUAAUGCAACAAGUGGUUUUGCAUCCGAGAACCUCAUAGGAGCUGGGAGCUUUGGGUCAGUUUACAAAGGAACAAUGAGAAGCAACGACCAGCAAAGAGUGAUCGCUGUUAAGGUUCUCAACCUCAUGCAGCGUGGUGCAUCUCAAAGUUUUGUUGCAGAAUGCGAGACUUUAAGAUAUGCUCGACAUCGGAACCUUGUAAAGAUAUUGACUAUCUGUUCAAGCAUUGAUUUUAAGGGCCAUGACUUCAAGGCCCUCGUGUAUGAGUUUCUACCGAAUGGAAAUUUGGACCAAUGGGUGCACAAACAUAUCAUCGAAGAUGGUGAACCAAAGGCACUAGAUCUGACUACAAGAUUAAAUGUUGGAAUUGACGUGGCGUCCUCACUUGAUUACCUUCACCAACAUAAGCCAACGCCAAUUAUUCAUCAGGAUCUUAAACCAAGUAAUGUUCUCCUGGACAGUUCCUUGGUUGCUCGUGUGGGUGAUUUUGGGCUUGCGAGGUUUCUACAUCAAGAUAUAGGUACAUCAAGUGGAUGGGCAUCAAUGAGAGGAUCAAUUGGAUAUGCAGCUCCAGAGUAUGGACUGGGCAAUGAAGUAUCUACCCAGGGUGAUGUCUACGGCUAUGGCAUACUAUUGCUGGAAAUGUUUACUGGGAAAAGACCGACAGACAACGAAUUUGGUGAAGCCAUGGGGCUCCGCAAGUAUGUUCAAAUGGCACUACCAGACACAGUGAGUACUAUCAUGGACCAACAGCUUCGGAUGGAGAUAGAAGAUGGCGAACCAGACACUUCAAACUCCAAGCUCAGAAUUUCUUGCAUCACUUCGAUUCUGCAAGUAGGGAUUUCCUGUUCGGAGGAGAUGCCCAUGGAUCGUAUGUCAAUUGGAGAUGCUCUGAAAGAGUUGCAAGCGAUUAGAGAGAAGUUUCAGAAGCUCCUCUGUAGUGAAGCAUCAUCAUCAUCCCACUGA